UUGCGUGACGGGAUCACACAAGUCGAAUCACAACGCGGUAAAAUAAGAACUAGCGAGUUUUGUAACUACUGAGAAUUCACAUUUCCAAGUCCGUAUUGCAGUGAAUUCUUUAAAAAAACAACAUCAUUUUAGGAAACAAACCCACAAAAAAAAUCCUCUGAAAUUACGAAGAAAAUGGAGUCAAACUGCAGACAACAUGUUGUGGAUUCCGAGAAAUCGCCGCUUUUGGGAAGCCAAUCGCACUCAAUCUCUAGUGUUCUAAAGCGCUCCAAUGAAUUCCCCAGCACCGGGGAAGUUGACAGAAGUCUGUAUAUCAAACACACUACAACACCAGCUAUCAGCCUGAUGCAUGUGAUUAAAGGAAACCUUGGAAUUGGUGCACUAAGCCUACCCUUAGCAAUGAUGAAUGCAGGCAUCGUGGUUGGGCCAUUGUUAGUGGUUAUCAUUGCAAUAGUAACUGUCCAUUGUAUGUUUCUGUUGGUGCAGUGUAGUCACGCUCAAAGUUACAGAACGAAGAGCAUGUCGCUAGAUUAUGCUGAGCUAGCUGAAAAAUGCAUUAUACAGUAUUACCCGGAACAAAAACAUCUUGGCCGAUACAUUGUCAACACGUUCCUWCUCAUAACUGAAUUUGGAUUUUGUUGUAUUUAUUUCUUAUUUGUUGCUCAAAGCCUUCAUGAGGCAUUCAAGGCUCAUGUCAAUCUAGACGUCAUAGAAUGGAUAGGAGUCCUUCUAGUUCCCGUGAUCAUUUUAUCGUGUAUACGAACGUUAAAAUUUCUGACAUUUUUAUCUGCGUUGUCAAAUAUUCUGUAUGUGGUCGGGGUUCUCUGUCUGGUUGUGUAUGGUGGUAGUACGAUAUCAGACGCUAAAGAAUUACCUGAGUUUUCGGGAUGGAAAACGUUGCCUUUGUCUUUUGGAGUGGUCAUGAUGACGUUCGAAGGCAUUGGAGUGAUUCUUCCCGUAGAGAACAUGAUGGCAAAGCCUCGUUAUUUUUAUUGUGUUCUUAAUCUUGGUAUGGGUUUAGUUACUCUUUUGUACAUGCUACUCAGUGUCUUGGGAUACCUGUCCUGUGGAAUGCAUUGUAAGGAUAGUUUUACACUUAAUCUUACCGACACCCCGUACCACACAGCGAUCAAACUAACGAUGGCUGCAUCUAUCUUCUCGUCAUACUUCAUUCAGUUUUAUGUUCCAAUGUCGAUAAUUUUACCGCCUCUUAAAGACAAAGUACAUCGUACAUACAAACCGUUUGUAGAGUAUGGCGUACGGGCAUUUGCUGUGUGUUGUACAGCAAGUCUCGCUGCUGGUAUACCUCAACUUGGCAAUCUUAUAUCUCUUAUUGGAGCGAUUGGGAGUACAGCUUUAGCAGUCAUACUACCUGCCUUAUUUCACAUCCUUACAUUUCGAUUUGACAAGACACUAAGCACAGCGAACCUUUGUAAAGACGCCCUGAUUAUAAUCCUGGGAACAAUUGCCGCUGCAGCUGCGUUGUACACUUCUAUUGUAAAUAUUGUGGAUCAAUUUGAACAUCAUUCGAUCGCGAUGUCAUCCAUUAAUGGAACACAUGGACAUAMAAAUUCUACUUUUGAAUGAUGAUUUUUAUGGGGCUUUCGCAAUUUAAGACUGAAAUACUUCCGCUCUCUGCAUUCGGCUUGCGUCACAGAGACUCUUAUUUGUCUUUACAUACUAUGAUGCUCUCAUAUAAUCCUUUUAUAGAUUUAUAGAAUGAUCGUUUACGAAGAGCCUUUCUACGUGUCGACUACCCUCCUCCACAGGCGUUUCUCUUCCUUUCCGCUCGUCUGUACACUCUUCGGCUUCCUGUCUUCCUCAAWAGAGAAAACUCCUUCAUCCUUGCCCAAGGCCUCCGCUCGGCCAAGAAAAUUCWAGAGGGAUCCCAAAAUUAAGGGAAAAUGAAGUGUUAGGUUUUAAUUCAUUACUUAAGAAGUAUUAUGAUACCCUUCUCUACCAUUGGGUUUCAGUCUACUAACUAAUUUGAUAGAGUUAGUAAAUUUAUGAGCUUAGAAAAUAAAAAUUUUAAUUUAAAAACAAAUUAAUAUUUUAAUUAAAAAAACCUUUAUUUGAAUAAAAAGAUGCGUUUUAUUUAAACCUAUAUAAAUCCAGUGCAGAAAUUGAACUCAAAUUGAUUAAGCUUUUCUUUAGUCUUUAUUAGCCUGUGUAGCGGCCCUAAAGGGAUCCCAAAUCCCUUAAUUUAAGGCCGCUACGCAGGCUAGUCUUUAUGUUUGAAAACAACAGUAUUGCAUGACUGAGGAAGGCAAACGAGGUCUCGAAAUCAGGCAAACUGAAGUAUAAUUGAAUAGGUCACCCCCCAGACGUGAAUCUCGUGAAUAUUUUGCGUGAAUCUUACUUUAUGGUUUCUCAGUGCCUUUACGCUGACUUCUAUUUAGGAGUUUAAUAGUUAUCUCUUCUCAAUCUUUGAGUCAAUUGAGAUUAUAAUACAAACUAGAGACUAGUCCAGUGUUUGCAUUUUCUAUAGUCAUGGAUAUCCAGAGUAUAACGCUAAUGGAAAAAUGUUAGUUUAAAAAUAGUUACAUGACCAAAGCUAAUACCGAAAGAGGUUAUGGGAGMGUUAUCAAAAUAACAUGAACAUAACAGUUUUUUAGUUUCCAAGUCUGAUUUUGAAUAAACAUGGUCUCAACUAUCAGUUGAAAAUGUUAAUAUGUACGGCAAAUCUGAUUAAAAAAAUAUCCUCUUUGCGCUUA